GUUCGCUCAUUUUUGUGGCACAAGUAAUGUGUGCAACUGGAGAAGCUAAGAGAAGAUAGUGGAGACCCAAGAAAGUGUUUUCAUCUUUGCAAUGGAAGUUGUGGGAUAUGGCCAUUCUUCUAAUUCUCUCAGACCCUCACACCCACUUUCUCUCUUCAACUUCAGACCAACCUUCAGCUCGGCUACUUUCAUUUCCUUCAAGAAACAGCCCAUUAAGUGUUUGCAAGUGAGAGCAGUAGCUUCUCCUGCUGGAUUUGAUGAAAUGGUUUCUGGGACCGAGCGUAAGUAUUACAUGCUAGGUGGUAAAGGAGGAGUUGGGAAGACAAGUUGUGCUGCUUCACUUGCUGUAAAAUUUGCAAAUAAUGGUCAUCCCACUUUAGUAGUUUCAACAGAUCCUGCACAUUCCUUAAGUGAUUCUUUUGCCCAGGAUUUGACUGGCGGCACACUAGUUCCAGUUGAAGGCCCGUAUUCUCCAUUAUUUGCGCUUGAGUUGAAUCCUGAAAAGGCCAAGGAAGAAUUUCGAAGUGCGACCCAGAUAAGUGGAGGAUCUGGUAUCAAAGACUUUAUGGACGGCAUGGGCCUUGGAGUGCUUGCUGAACAGCUUGGGGAACUAAAGCUUGGAGAACUGCUGGAUACACCCCCUCCUGGUCUAGAUGAAGCCAUUGCAAUUUCAAAGGUUAUGCAAUUCCUUGAAUCGCAGGAAUAUAAUAUGUUUACUCGUAUUGUGUUUGACACAGCCCCGACGGGACAUACUCUACGACUCUUAUCCUUGCCAGACUUCUUGGAUAAAUCAAUUGGAAAGCUAUUGAAGUUGAGACAGAAGAUAGCUUCUGCCACUUCAGCAAUAAAGUCUGUCUUUGGCCAGGAAGGAACGCCCAAGCCAGAUGCUGCAGAUAAAUUGGAGCGGUUAAGGGAGAGGAUGAUAAAAGUAAGAGAGCUUUUUCGUGACACAACCUCGACAGAAUUUAUCAUAGUAACAAUCCCCACGGUUAUGGCAAUUAGCGAAUCGUCCAGGUUGUGUGCUUCCUUAAAGGUGGAAGAUGUUCCUGUCAAGAGGCUUAUUGCUAAUCAGAUCCUCCCGCCAUCAGCCUCAGAUUGCAAGUUCUGCGCAAUGAAAAGAAAGGACCAAAGUCGUGCUCUGGAUAUGAUCCAAAAUGACCCGGAGCUCUCUAGCCUGAUGUUGGUUCAGGCACCCCUUGUUGAUGUAGAGAUCAGAGGUGUGCCAGCUCUUCAGUUUUUAGGGGACAUUGUCUGGAAAUAAAGAAAAAGAACUUGACACUGCAUCAGCUAAUCAGAUGUUUCCAGUCGCAUUUGGCAACAAACUGCAUUGAUGGACUAUGAGCACCCAAGCCUUUUGAUGGUCUUGCUCUUACUAGUAAACACUAAUACAUGCAAUACUCAUGUUAUUUUACUUAAGUAUACACAGUGGGAGUUUCCUUGGGACGAGUCAACAAAAAUGGGGCUGAAAAGAAUUAUUUGUUUUCAUAUCAGUGACUUGACAUUUGAAAAUGAAAAAGAACGUGGCAAAGAACUGGUGGAACAAGUAAACUGGACGUCAGUCUCCCGUUUGUUUUUUUCUUCUCUUGGGACAUAGUGAACUUGUUUUGUUGUAUAAAAUGGGCUGUACGAUGCUUUUAUUUUGUGGAUUUCGAAACAGCUAAGAAAAGGCUUGUGACUGUGUAUAUAGAUAUGCUUCUGCCUUUAUGUUCUGUCAAACUCGGUAUACUAGAUUUUUCUAGUUCUAAUAUACAAGUGAAAUAUACUACAA